AUGCCACCGCCAAAUACACCAGAAGACAUGGAACAGGAGUUCCAGAGGCGGCGGGCUGACGCUCAAGCUGCCCGUCGACAGAUUCGCGACGACUCUCCUGACAACAGCAGCGGCAUUCUCCUGCCGGGUAACCUACCAGCAGAGGGAGUUGAGCAAUACCUGGAGGACACGAUAGAGGUCGAUGGCCAACUUUAUCAGUGGCCUUCGAGCGGAAGCCCGACCAACAUGGCUGUGGAUGAGCCUCUUCGAAUCAACUUACCCCAGCGACGACCUUCAAACCGCGGGGCCAGCAGAUCUCGUUCGCGAUCGUUAACCCCAACACGGCCACGCCGGAACCGUACCAGUGAUACCCAGCCAUUAGCUGGCCCCGGAUCCCGGAAGACGCACACCGAUCCCGCCAAGAGUCCUGGGUUUGAGCUGGCAGCCCUGGAAUAUGUCGGCGAGCAUGACGACAAUCUGGACUGUCCAAUUUGCCAAUCACCCUUUGUGGAGCCGCAUGUCAUCAAGUGCGGGCACGUCUUUUGUGCCGAUUGCCUCGACAAGACGCUGGAGAACAGCCAGGCCUGUCCCAUAGAUCGCAGCAGGAUCGAAUAUUGUUUCAGAGUUCCGGGUGGCAAGGACUGCGCGCUGCCCGCGCCCUUGAUCAUUCGGAAUCAGUUGGACGAUCUUCGCGUGAAGUGUCCAAACAAGCUCUGCAACCAUGUCUGUGCGCGGGCUUUUGUCAAGCAUCACUACAAGAGGGACUGCCCUUAUACGAAAGGUUCUUGCCCAGAUCCAGAAUGCGACAAGCUGGUCACUCGACUCGAGGCUGGAGAUGGGGUCUGUCUCCAUCAAGAAGUCAAAUGCUCCCAGUGCGAUAAGGUUGUCGAGCUGGCUUCGCUAGAGGAGCACUAUGAGACGGAGUGCAAGCAGAGGUCCGAGAACUGCGAGUUCUGCAAUGCCGAAAUCCGGGUUCACCAGCGUGUAUCUCACAAAAAAGUCUGUCCCGACAUGGACGUGGCUUGUCGACACGCAUCAGCAGGUUGCGGAUACAAGGAGAAGCGCAAAGACUAUGAUCCUCAACAUGAACGUCAGUGCCUCUACGGCAUGAUUCUCAACAUGCAGCAGCGGCACAAUGCCGAAAUGGACAACAUGCGGUCCAAGCUGGCCAGUAGCGAGGACCAGUUGCGCAAGCUCCUGCUCGAUCGAGCUGCUACUCUGUCUUCACCUCCAAGCUUGACUGGCAGCCCAUUAGGUACCAUCAACCUUGGCAGUCCCAGUCAGGCGGGAGAGCGUACGCCAAGGCGUCGGCGACGGUCAUCACGGCGUCGCCUGUCAGGGACAGAUCUUUCUGUUCAAGAGAGUGAUGACGGCAGUGAUCAGCCGAUCGAUGCCGAGGCACGUCACCACCAGAUACUGACAACGCUUGACGUGUUCGACUCCAAGGUCGAGAACCUGCGCCAGUGCAUGGCCGAGCUAGAUGCUCGCCAGAACGCAUUGUUGAUGACCGAGGUCAUCCCUGUCAAGGACCAGCUUAACGCUCUACGCAGCGAUGUUGGGCAUAUCGGCAUGCAUGUGCGGUGGCUCUUGGAGCUACAUCAGAAGAAGCAGCGGGCUGGCUCUGCAGCCGCAGCUACGCUGAACGGAGCUGCCAACGCCAAUAGCGGAAGGUCGCCGGCCGACAACGGAGGCUCCAGCGGCGGUGGGAAUACCAACUCUGGAGGGCAACAGGAAGGUCAACUGCGGUAUACACCGCGGCGACAGAUGAGCGGAGAGAACCCACCACGUCUGUGA